ACAAGCUAAAUUGGAGCUGUUGCAUUGAUUCCGAAAUGGGUUAGUAGUAUUUAACAGAGCAAAAGCUUGUUUCGAGGGUUUAUUAUACAGUUUUGAAGGGCAAUGAAGUAUGGGCAUUGCCACUGGCAAACUACUUACAAACUCCUUUACACACUGCUCAAGGAACAUUCAAAGGAAAAAACAAAAGCUCCUGUGCAUGACACGUGGAUGCAAGCUUGUACGGCUGACGUUAAUCACUUUCACUUCUUUGUUUCUCCCUCCUCUUCUUACAACAACAAACAACAGCAAAAUCUCACUUUUCUCUUUGUUUUUAUAUUUUUUUUCCUUCUCUCAUCUCGCCCUCUCUCUGUGUCUCUUGCAACAAGCUGAACCUCAAAAAUCUCUCAAAUGCAAGCAGCAUUUGCUUGUUGAUUUCUUGAAUUUUCCUCUGCAAUGGGAACCUGCACCUCAAAGCCUCCAAAACCAAACCCAUUUGCCUCAAGAGAGAACCAGCAGAAUGACUAUCCUGCCCCUACUCAACCGCCCAAAUCCCCUCCUCCUCCUCUCCCUCCAACCACCCCUUUCCUCCCCAUCUACACCCCAAGCCCUGCCCACCCCAACAAACCCAAGACUCCUUCAACUCCUCUCCGGUUUUUCCGGAGACCCUUUCCUCCUCCUUCUCCCGCCAAGCACAUCCGGGCGGUGCUGAGGCGGCGGAAGACUAUCAAGAAAGCGGAAAAUGAGGCAAAAAUUGCGGAGGAUGAGGAGGAUGAGGAGGAAGGAGUUGAGUUGGAUAAAAGAUUUGGGUUUUCAAAGGAGUUGAGGAGUAGGUUGGAAGUAGGAGAGGAAGUUGGCAGAGGGCAUUUUGGGUACACUUGUUCUGCUAAGUUCAAGAAAGGUGAGUUCAAAGGCCAGCAGGUUGCUGUUAAAGUCAUCCCCAAGUCCAAGAUGACAACAGCUAUUGCAGUUGAGGAUGUGAGAAGGGAGGUGAAAAUAUUGCGAGCCUUGACAGGACAUACCAAUCUGGUGAAAUUCUACGGUGCAUUUGAAGAUCAUGAUAAUGUCUACAUAGUAAUGGAGUUGUGUGAAGGAGGUGAGCUUUUGGAUAGAAUACUUGCAAGGGGUGGAAAAUACUCAGAAGACGAUGCAAAGGCUGUAAUGGUACAGAUACUAAAUGUUGUUGCUUUUUGUCAUCUUCAGGGUGUGGUGCAUCGAGAUCUUAAACCAGAGAACUUUCUAUAUAUAUCAAAGGAUGAGAACUCUCUGCUGAAGGCCAUAGACUUUGGGUUGUCAGAUUUUGUCAGACCAGAUGAAAGACUUAAUGACAUUGUGGGAAGUGCAUACUAUGUCGCCCCCGAAGUUCUACAUAGAUCUUACAGUACAGAAGCUGAUGUUUGGAGCAUAGGCGUGAUAGCAUAUAUUCUUUUAUGUGGUAGUCGUCCUUUUUGGGCAAGGACUGAGUCUGGAAUCUUCCGAUCAGUCCUAAAAGCUGAUCCAAAUUUUAACGAAGCACCUUGGCCUUCCUUGUCUUCAGAAGCUAAGGACUUUGUGAAGCGCCUUUUGAAUAAAGACCCCAGGAAACGAAUGACAGCAGCCAAGGCGCUGAGUCAUCCUUGGAUCCAGAAUCAUAAUGAUGUUAAGGUCCCUCUUGAUAUUUUAAUAUUUAGGCUCAUGAAGGCAUAUAUGCGAUCGUCAACUUUGCGUAAGGCUGCUUUAAAGGCAUUGUCUAAGACAUUGACUGUGGAUGAACUCUUUUACCUGAGAGAGCAAUUUGCAUUAUUGGAGCCCAAAAAUGGUAGCAUAACCUUGGAGAACAUAAAGAUGGCGCUGAUGAAAAAUGCAACAGAUGCAAUGAAGGAGUCUCACAUUCCUGAUUUUCUUUUUUCGCUAAAUACACUUCAAUACAGAAGAAUGGAUUUUGAAGAAUUUUGUGCAGCUGCAUUAAGUGUCCAUCAACUUGAGGCACUUGAUCGCUGGGAACAACAUGCCCGCUGUGCAUAUGAGCUUUUUGAGAAGGAUGGAAACAGGGCUAUUGUAAUUGAGGAACUUGCUUCUGAACUUGGUCUUGGACCCUCUAUUCCAGUUCAUGCUGUUCUUAAUGACUGGAUAAGGCAUACUGAUGGGAAGUUAAGUUUCCUUGGGUUUGUCAAAUUGUUACGUGGUCCAUCCGGUCGAGCGCUUGCAAAGGCGCAAUGAUAUCUUCAAGGAAUUUUGGUGACUCUAGGAAGUAUUAUCAUGUCAUGUUUGCUCAAGAUUCAAUGAGAUGCGGCAUCAGCAUACUGUAAAAAUGGAUUGAUCUUUCUAAGUUGGGAGACUCCACAGGAAUGCUCCCUGCAUCCUGCUUCAGCCCAGAUGGUGUGAGGCUUUAACUUCAUACUAAUUCUUUGAGAAGUUUGAAGUCAUGGGAUCAUUUGAAAGGCAGCAAAGAUAUCAUUGGCAUCACAAUGUAAAAAUAUAGUUUAGCUUGCCCGAAUGGGCCAAACAUAUUUGUCUUGUUACACGUUGUGAUUAUUUAUAUAUGUUCGAUUUUUUAUUUUCCCAA